CAGCUUGGAGGAGGACAGGGACCCCAGGACCGCGCCAUCACGUCAAAGCAGGAUGUUCUGGAAAAUUUCCAUGUCCUUGCUCCUCGUGGCUGCACUGGGGAAGCUGGAGGAAAUUCAAGGGGCCCGGCCGGCAGGAGCCAUCCCGUCGCCUCGCAAGGAUAGAGGCACCAACAACUCGCAGAAUUGGCAGCACAUCAGGGAGGUGCUUUCCUCCAGCCAGGAGGCGCUGGUGGUGACAGAGCGCAGGUACCUGCGGAGGGACUGGUGCAAGACGCAGCGGCUGAGGCAGACAGUGCGCGAGGAAGGCUGCCACAGCCGCACGGUGCUCAACCACUUCUGCUAUGGCCAGUGCAACUCCUUCUACAUCCCGCGGCCGGGGGGCGAGGGCGAGGGCUCGGGCUCCUUCCAGUCCUGCGCCUUCUGCCGGCCCCAGCGCGCCGCGGCCCUGCUCGUGGAGCUCCAGUGCCCCAGCCGUGACCCGCCCGUCCGCCUGCGAAAGAUUCAGAAGGUGAAGCAGUGCCGGUGCAUGUCUGUGAACCUGGGCGCGGACGAGUCGUGAGCUCGGGCAGGAUUCACAGCGCGCCUGCGUCCCCGUCCAUCCCCGUUCCCACGCGCCCCGAGUCCCCCGUGACAGGCAUGUGUCCCGUGCCCAAGGCGUCCUCGUCACAGCCCAGCAGCCUGCGGAGCCUUGCGGCUGUGCCCCUGACCCACCUGGGCGCUGCACCUCCGGAGCCAGGCUGUGAGGCGCUCAAGAAGGUGCUGGAAAACCCCCGUCGUCGGCAAGAACCUUCCGGGAGACGCAGUCGGUCCAGCGUCGCUGUUCCACAGAAUGAGGAAGCGGAUCUCUCCCUGCUCUGGCCCGAUGGAGUCAAGGGCACUUCGUCAGUCCUCUCCGGGGCUGCUCACUGGCCUCACUGAGAGCGUCCCCUCCGGUGAGCCCAGGCUUCCCUCUGAGGCUGGGGUGUACGUCUGGCCAAAGCCCAUGGACAGGGAGGUCCUCCUGACAAACUCGAUACCAAGGAGAUGACUUGAGCCCCUUGGAUCAUGAAGCGGAACUCCCUGGGGACCUGUUCACAGCAGCCACCACCGCCUCCUUCUCCUUACUCCCACUCAGUUUGUGGACUGAAGAUGAAUUUGGGUGUGCACACUUUUACUGCUGCAGUUACAACAUUAUCACGCACAAAGGUCUCCACGUGGACACUGGUUUUUAUAGUGACCUACAUCGUAAUAGGUUGUUAAAAAAUAUUAUAGACCUACCCAUGUAUUGUUCCAAGUGUUUUGAUUCUGGCUUUCAGCUCCACUCUAAGGACCAGAGUUGGUGAUGAUCUGCCCAGAGGUGUUUUGCUCAGAAAUAAUGAUUCUUAGAUUUGGCGGGGGGA